AUGAAAACUUGUGCAAGACGUUACAUUAGCAUUCUGAAGAAAAGUAAGAACGGACAUGGUUUGGAUAAAUAUUUAUCAUCAUCAUCAUUGAGCGGAAAUACACCAUUGUUAUUGAAUACAACUUGCCUCCGAGUUAAAUCACAUUCUGCUGCAAUGAAAUCGUCAAAUACUUUAUCAUCAAAUCCGAGUGUGAGCAGCAAUAAUCCAAACAGUGAUUAUAAAACGCAAUAUGAAAAACACUCCAAAGAUGUAGCACAAAAGAUUGUCGACCUGUUUCAUUCAAACAAUAGUUGCCAACUCUCAACAUUUGGAGGCGCAGAAACCGAAAGUUUGGACCACGUCAAGACGUCUGUGCUUCCGAUGGCCGUUGUUAAAAAACAAGUCUCAAAUAUUUAUUUGGAAGAAUUCAAAUCAAAAAAGAAAGUCUCUCCACAAGGUGCGGAUCCACUUGAAGGAAUUAAAUAUUAUGAAGAUUUGGAUUUUUAUGGAUUUGAUGACGAUGGAAAUAUUCUCAAAAAUUGGGACUUGUAUCUAUGCAUGCCAGAAUCAAGUGAACAUUUAAAGAAUUUGUCUCAUUGCCCAGAGCCAUUUCAACUCAGAAGGAAACUCAAUGCUGAUGAGAGCGCAAUGGUUAGCGUGGCCACUGGACACACGGAUCAAGCAAUUUCAUCCAUGUUUAGGAAAAUUGAAAGAUUUCCCCCUCGUGCUGUCUUGUCUUGCACACUCGAAUACAUUCCUGAAGACUCGAAUGCUUUUCAUCAAAUUUGGACAGAACAAUUCAGAAUGCAUCCCAAUGUGUCAGUACAAAUGAAAAAGAAGAAUGCAAGAAUUUUCAAAAUUAAGGUUGUGAAAUCGGCGUUCCAUGUGGAAGUUGGAAAUGAAAUGAAACAAGUGGAAAGUUUGGAUCAUUUAACUGAUCAGGUUCUUCCAGAUCCUCUUGCAUCGACACCAAACAUUAGAGCAAUCAUUAGUCGAUUGAAUGGCAAUCCACAACGAAUUGUGUCCAUGUUAGAGAAGGGUUAUGGCUUGAAUUUGAGCGAUUUUUUCAUUUUCCACAUUGAUUCGUAUUGCAUUAAAAUUAUGGGACGAGAUUCAAGCUUUGGAGCUAAGAAAGAUCCAAGCCAAUUCUCGGUGUAUGAAUUAGAUUUUGGAUAUAGAAUUACGAGUGAAGCCAUGCUUAAUCAAUACUUGGCAAGAUUUCAAAUGUAUUGA